CGCAUUCUCUCCAAAACCUCUCUCUCUCUAAAAAGUAAAAACCAAAUGGCAAUCCAACUCUCCUUUCUUCUUCUCUUAGCUCUCCUCCAAUUCCCAACCCACAUUUCCACUUACCCUGUUUCAGAUCCUGAUGCAGUUGCAGAAGAGGUAAACAGGAGCAUAAGAAAUGCGACGGAUGCAAUGAGGGAUUCGGGAUUCCGCUCCUGCAAAACAGGCAACCCAAUCGACGACUGUUGGAGAUGCGACCCAUUGUGGUACAAGAAGCGCAAACACCUCGCUAACUGCGCGAUCGGGUUCGGCAAACAAGCCACCGGCGGGAAAUACGGCAGGUUCUAUGUUGUGACCGACUCGACCGACAACCCGGCUAACCCGAAACCAGGAACCCUACGUUAUGCCACGAUCCAGAAACGACCACUCUGGAUCGCGUUCUCCAGGGACAUGGUGAUCACACUGAGAGCCGAGCUGAUGGUGAGCUCGUUCAAGACGAUCGACGGUAGGGGAAGCUCCGUGCACAUAUCUGGAGGCCCAUGCAUCACGAUUCAAUUCGUGAGCCAUGUCAUCAUCCAUGGGCUUCAUAUCCACGAUUGCAGGAGAGGGAGGAGGAGUCUCCUCGACGGCACUAGAGGUUCUUCUUCCGACGUCCCAGAUGCGUUGGGGGAGGUUUUGGAUGGGGACGGUAUCUCUGUGUUCGGGUCGACGCACGUCUGGAUCGACCACUGCUCGUUGUCCAACUGCGCCGAUGGGUUAAUCGACGUGACUUAUGGGUCGACGGCGAUCACAGUUUCGAAUAACUACAUGACGCAUCAUGAUGAGGUGAUGCUCUUAGGGCAUAGCGACGGGUUUGUUCGGGAUAAGGGCAUGCAGGUUACAGUCGCAUUUAAUCAUUUUGGUGAAGGGCUGAUCCAGAGGAUGCCGAGGUGUAGACAUGGGUACUUCCACGUGGUGAACAAUGACUAUACUCAUUGGCUAAAGUACGCAAUUGGAGGCAGCGCUGCUCCCACGAUCAACAGUCAAGGGAACCGAUUUCUGGCCUCCAACAACAUAUUCACUAAAGAGGUAACGAGACGUGCUGGUGCACCGGAAAGUGAGUGGAAGAAAUGGAACUGGAGGUCGCAAGGAGAUAUGUUUCUGAACGGCGCCUUCUUCAGAAUUUCGGGCAGUAGAGCAGCUUCGAGCUACGUCAAGGCGACGAGCAUGGCGGCUAAGUCGUCGAGGAUGGUCGCUUCCAUGACUGCCGGUGCUGGUGCGCUGGUCUGCAGGCGAGGUCUAGCCUGCUGAUAUACUAGCGAGUACUGAUUAGAAAGAACGAAGAUGAUGGUGAAAAGGGAAGAAUGUCCCUGACAGAGAAAUCGGGUUCACUUUGUUGGUCAAUAGAAUAGCCGACGGUUGGAUCCUGUUGAUGAUGAUGAUGUUACGUGAAAAUAGAAGGAGAUAAAUAAGAGAAAGAGAAAAAGCAGUCUGCCCUCUUCAAUCUCCACUAAUAUUUGUUGAGCCAAGAAAGGGGAACGUUGUUACUCGUUAACCCGCGGGUCAACCUGUCGUCGGUUGACCUAUUUUGACCCUGACUCUUUAAGAAUAACGCGUCAUACACAUUCAUCGACUCGACCAAUCUGCUGUGAGGUAUCGCGUUGGCGUUAAAUGAUGUCGUUUUUUUUUGUUUGUAAAAUACACCUAUUUUUCAGUCUUCUUUUUAGCCUAAUCCAAUCUUUGGAAUUCUAAAUUGAAUAUUUGAUUAUUUAUGUUAUAUAAGUGUGUUAGUGUGU